AUGGCUGAAAUAACACGCGAUAGGCGAUCGAUAUUACCCAACCGUCUGGAGAAGUUCCGCGGACAGACGGCCACUAAAACCUUCACUGCUAGUCCGACAUCCUUCAAAGAGAAGUCAUGGGGGGAGCAAAAGCAACCUAGAUCAACAACGAGCGGGAGAGACGCCCGUUACACAAAGCUCGCAUACCUCUUCACACCCUCAACUGCGGCUCUUGGACCCGGAACCAAUACGACGAGAGCAGUACGAAGGCGAACGCUAUCUUAUGCCCACUGCCCCGGAAGCAAUGGCGUGUGUGAACAGUCAAUUGCCGAAGUGUUCGCCCCGCUCGCUACCAGUUUUGUUGAUGCCGACCCCUGA